UUUCGGGAAUCCAGGAUCGGGCUGGCCGUGGCCGAGGCGCUGGCCGGGGCCGGGGCUCGCGUCUUCCUCAGCUCCCGACGCCCCCAAAACGUCCGGAGAGCCCUGGAGCAGCUGCGGGGGCGGGGCCUGCAGGUGAGGGGCGGGGCCAAAAUCUGGGGACAAUUCCGGCGAUUUUGGGCAAUUUGGGAAAAAAUUCGGAAAAAUUUGGUCGGGCAGGCCCUGGCCGAAUUUGGCGCCAUCGACAUCCUGGUGUCCAACGCCGCCGUCAAUCCCCACCUGGGCCCCGCCCUCGAGGCCGACGAGCGCACCUGGGACAAGGUGUUCCAGGUGAACGUGACGGCGACGGCGAUGCUCGUCCGGCUGGUGGCGCCACACAUGGAGCGGCGCGGGGGCGGGGCCAUCGUGGUGAUGUCAUCGAUCGCCGGCUACCAGCCAAUGGCGUACUGGUCCAUACUGGUUUUUCUCUUCCAGCUGUGGCAGGACGAGGCCACGCGGGAUCAGGCGCUGGCAGCGCUGGGAGCCGAGAGGCUGGGCUCCCCGCAGGACGUGGCUCAGGCCGUGCUGUUCCUGGUCUCCCCCCAGGCCGCCUUCGUGGCCGGCCAGACCCUGCUGGUGGCCGGGGGGGCGCGGCCCCGCCUCUGACCACGCCCCCCUCAUCAAUAUGCAAAUUUAUGCUAAUUAGACGCGAAAUAAAAUCGA